GUUGCUGCGAACGGCAGCAGGGGACCUUGCCUUAGUCCAAUGUAUCCCUCCCUUCCGGGGGGCGGACAGUGAGCCACCCUAUUGGCGCUGGCCCCCACCUUUUCACGCCACUCCACACUGCUGCAGCUCUCCGAGCUCCCAGCUCAUCCGUUUUAAAUUUCCCACUGCUCAGGUACCCUAGAACGGGCCGGCCGGACCCCAAAAAACCGAAAUAUCCUGACCUCAUCACCCGGGCAAGCUCUCACUCAAGAAAGCCUCCCACCCGCAUCACCACCGGGGAACCACCGAUCAACCAACCGGCGCCUCCCCCCCGACGAGCCUCAACAAUGCCGCCUCCUCUACCACGAGCCCUCUUCCGGGCCCCAGGUCCCGCGGCGCAAACCUGCCUACGCUCAAUCGUCCGCCCAAGAAUAUACCCAUCGUCAUUACCAUCACCAUCACCAUCACCACCACGCGCAACACCACCAACCCGUAAAUUCCACACCACCCGCCGCGCCCUCGCCUCCGAACCAGCCCCAGACUUCCAUUCCAUAGUCGACAACCCCCCCGAGCUCGUCCGCGCAGGAAACCGCCACGGGCCAGGCCUCAUCAUCCUCGCCCUGAUCCCCAUCACAGCCUUCGCCCUCGGCACAUGGCAAGUCCAGCGCCUCGGCUGGAAAACCGAGCUCAUUGCCAAAUUCGAGGACCGCCUCGUCCGCGACCCGCUCCCCUUACCGCCCAAGAUCGAUCCCGAUGCCGUGAGCGAGUUCGACUACCGCCGCGUCUACGCCACGGGCCACUUCCGCCAUGACAAAGAGAUGCUCAUCGGCCCGCGCAUGUGGGAGGGUGAGCAGGGGUACAUGGUCGUGACGCCGCUCGAGAGGGAGGGCGAGGGCACGACGGUGCUGGUGAAUCGCGGGUGGAUCAGCAAGGAGAUGGCGGAUCAGCGACGGAGGCCGUCUGCGCUGCCGAGGGGGGAGGUCACGGUGGAGGGAUUGCUGCGGGAGCCGUGGAAGAAGAAUAUGUUCACGCCCGAUAACAGACCUGAUCGCUGGGAGUUUUUCUUCCCCGACGUGCACCAGAUGGCGCAACUGACUGGGAGUCAGCCUGUUUGGAUUGAGGCUACUAUAGACCACGAGUUCUUCCGCAUCAUGGACCUCAAGAACAGGGGUAUCCCUAUUGGAAGAGCCGCGGAGGUGAACCUGCGGAAUAACCAUGCCCAGUACAUCUUCACAUGGUACGGUCUUGCAUUCGCCACCUCCAUCAUGUUGUGGAUGGUCGUCAAGAAGCCCCCAACCGACACCGCGCGAAAGGUGCGCAUGAAUAAGCAUUGGUAAGGACUUUGUCGUGUUCCUUUCGAAAAGGAAUCAGAGUCACAGUCAAAGUGGGAGCAAAUUGGACUCUUCAAGUCACUUCCUCCUGUCCGUCGUCGGUCACGCGACGGCGUUUCUUCCUCGGCUCCGCCGGUGGCAGCGGCUUGGGCAUUCUUAACUCCUGUAACAGCUCCCGGGGCAGGUGUCUGUGUGCCAGAGAAAAGGGAGUCGUCGUCGAACUAGUUUGACGUUGUCUGUAAGGAUAUUAGACACCAUUGUAUUUGUACCAAAAGAACAAAAAGCUUGUGGAUAUAAAAAAGGGGAAGCCCCCCAAAAGAUUGUCGAUACCCCUAAAUUGGAGCUUGCGAUGUUCGCAUAGUGAAAAAACAACAAGACAUACCUCCGCAUGAGCGUGAGCAUAUC